AUGCUCGACCUUGCGGCGGCGGUCGGCGGGGAGGAGGACGCUCAGCGAGCGCGGGACGACCAGACCCAUGACAACGAGCAGCAUAACGACGUUCGCGAUGGAGAAGGCGAAAAUGUGCAGCGGGUCGUUGCGCAGCUUGUGGAACAUCGGGUAGGCGAAGCCGACGAUGAUGGCCAGGAUGGGGGCGGAGAUGUACUUGAGCACGGGGGACCAGUACACGGGGAUGCGCCAGUUUUUGCCCGUGGCGACGACCAUGUUGAGGUCGCGGAAACGCUCAAGCAGCGGGGUGUUUGCCCAGAAACGGGGAGCGCGAGUGUCGGGGUUCUUGGCCAGGACCAGAGCAAUAACGGAGACGGCGAUGAACAAACCAAAGCCCAUGAUUGCACCAGCCCAGGGGGUAGCGCCAUGACCGACGCCAAUGCCGAGAAUAAUGGCGACGACGUAGCCGAUGUUGUAGAUGAGGAAGGAGACUCUGCCGACUUGGCCGACGACUUCCUUGUAGCGGUAGAGGGUGGUGACGGCGAUGCACUCGGAGAAGGCCAUGAAGAGGAGCGAGAAGUUGUUGAGCCAGGUGUCGACGGCGUCGAGGAGGUAGAAACCGAAGCGAGUGCAGUAGAGGAGCGACAGGAGGAAGGAGAUGGUGAUGACGACGGUGCAGACGAGGGUACGCGAGAUCUUUUUGCCCCAGUCGGUGUCGCAGAUGAGCGUGACCACCGACUCGACAAGGGCGUAGGCCGAGCUGAGGCCGACCAGCAUGAUGGUGAAGAAGAACACGACGCCCCAGAAGGCGGACGCAGGCAUCUCGGAGACGGCCAGCGGGUAGGUCAGGAAGCCGACGGUGAAGGUCCCGAGCUUGUCACCCGCUUCAGGCUUCAGGCCGAGGAAGCCGACAAUGCCGAAGACGGCGAAGGCACCGAUGAUCUCGUAGGCCGAGUUGGAGCAGGCAAUGAUGAUGGAGUCCUGGACGGCAUUGGCGAAAGUGGGAUUGUAGGAGGCGAAAGCAGUGAAGUAGCCGAAGCCCACGCCAGUGGAGAAGAAAAUCUGACCGGCGGCGGCCUGCCAGAUCUGCCCGGAGGACAGCUUCCAGCUGUCCCAGUGGGCCAUGUACAUCUUGAUGCCCUCGACGGCAUUGGGGAGCGAGACGCCGCGGCCGAGGAGGACGAAGAUCAUCACGAUGGGCAGGCCCAUGGUGAAGUAGACGACGCGGCCGGAGAGGCCGACGCCCUUGAACAUGCAGAGGUAGACGACGAACCAGACGAAGGCGGCCCAGCCGACGGUCUCGCCGACGAGGCCGGUGCCCGGGUAGCUGGCGUACUUGAGGACGGACUUGCCGUCGUCAGAGUACUCGCCGGGAACGGGGGCGACGUUGGCGAUGACGUCCUGCAUGUAGAACUCCUGGCCCCUGUCGGCCCAGGCCUGCGGGGUGUAGAAGGCGUGGCGGAAGUAGAUCAUGACCCAGGCGAGGAUGGCGACGUAGUAGGUGCACACCAUGUAGCCGGUGAGGAUGGUCCCGAUGCCGACGCCGCGGGCGUGCUUGUUGACGGUGUUGAAGGCGAUGACGCCGCCACCGCGGGCGGCCUGGCCGAUGGAGAUCUCAAGGAUGAGCAGCGGGAUGGCCAGGAAGAUGAGGGAGAUGAAGUAGGGGAGGAACCACUGCAGGCCGUUGUUCUCGAAGACCACGGAAGGGUAGCGCAGGAUGUUUCCAAGGCCGACGGCGCCGCCCAUGGCCGCCAGCACGAAGGAGGCGCGGCUGGGCCAUUGGUCACGGCCGUCGGCGGCCUUUUGGGCGGCCGGGGCGAGGAUGUUCAGGACCUUUUUGAAGACGCUCAUGGUGGGCGAAUUGGGGGACCCUUUUUGAGGGAGCAGGCCACGUGCUAUUGGAGCGAAGCUGGGAAGGGAGAGGGAGAGGAUCCUCGAAGCAUGGAGGAGGAGGAGGAGGAGGAGGAGGAGGAGGAGGGGGAGGAAGAGAAAUAG